AUGAAGCUUGACGUGGUUAGAAGAGUAGUUUCUGCUACAUUAUCUCGCAUUGGUUACAACGUAGGAUGCUAUCCACAAAUACACGUCGCAAUUCUUUUUAUAUUUUCGCUAGUGUUAGCAACAGGAAUAUUACGUGUAUCAUCUACAAUGGAUGCAGACUAUCUUUAUGUACCAACCGAUGCAAGAAGUAAAGUAGAUAGAGCAGCAAUCGAAUCAACGUUUCCCAUAAACACGUCACAAUGUGAUUACAGAAGAUUAUCUAGACUGGAAGGAUUUUUAUUAAUACAGGUAACGUCAAAAUAUGAAACUUCCGUAUUAGAAGAAUCAAUAAUUGAAGAGGUCAUCGAACUUGACGAAAUCAUUAGAAAUGUCAGUUUUCUAUGGAAUAACGCAUUCGUUCGUUACGAAGAUUUAUGUUGUAAGGCAGACGGAAGCACUUGCCACGAGAGUUUUGUUUUGUCAUUGAAAGGAAAGACGAAUGGCAUAAAAAAAAGGAAUGUACAAGAUCAAUUUAAUCACAGAUAUCCAGUUGAUAAAAUUGAUGGCAAAUUAGUAAUUUCCGGUUUCGAAUUCGGAGGUGUCACAGUAGACGAGAAAAAUGUGAUUCGAGAUUCCAAGGCAAUUAGACUAUAUUAUCCACUGGAUCAUGCCACUGAAGAAACGAAAGAAAUGGCACUAAUGUGGGAAAAACUAUUCUAG